GCAGCAACAUGGCUGCGGAUUACUGGGAGCGCGAGCGAGCGGCGAAGAAGCUGUCAGACUGAAGCCAAAGCGAGCCAAAGAUUACCCGGGACAAACCCUCCUGGUGGUCUGUCCAGGCUGGCUGCCCCACCCCCCUCGGCGUCACGGCCCCCUCUGCCCCCCCUCAUGGAGAGGAUGAGGAAAAUCAAGCGGCAGCUGUCACUCACCCUUGGGAGGGGUGGGGCAGGAGGAGGGGACAGAACACUCAGCGAGACUAUCGCUCAAGAUGUGACGUCGCACAGUGACUCAGAGGUGGGCUCUAUGCGGGGGUCAUCAGGAGGAGGUGUAAAAGUCAGAGGAGGUGCAGGAAAGACGGGAGCUGCCGCCGCCGCCUCCUCCUCCUCCUCCUCCUCCUCUAAGUCGGUUCAGGCUCUUCUGCAUUCAUACAGCAGCAACCUGAGGAGGCCUCGAGGUUUGGGGCGGAGCCUGAGCUCAUACCUCAACCAUGCCACCAGACUGGAGAUUGUCCACGAGGACGUGAAGAUGAGCUCAGAUGGAGAAAGUGAUCCGCCUUCUUCCUCGGAUGAUGUUCAGAGUCCAGUCAGAGUCCGACUCAGGAAUAAGAAAAUCUCCACUGAGGACAUAAACAAGCGUCUGUCUCUGCCGGCGGACAUUCGUCUUCCUGACGGUUACCUGGAGAAGUUUAACGUGAUGGGUCCAGCCCUCUUUGAUCAGCCCAUCACUCGCCGGCUCCGCCGAGUCUCUCUGUCAGAGAUUGGUUUUGGGAAACUGGAGACGUACAUCAAACUGGACAAACUUGGAGAGGGAACCUACGCCACCGUGUACAAAGGCCGCAGUAAACUGACAGAAAACCUGGUGGCACUGAAGGAAAUUCGACUGGAACACGAAGAAGGCGCUCCAUGUACAGCAAUAAGAGAAGUGUCUCUGUUGAAGGACCUGAAACACGCCAACAUCGUCACACUCCAUGACAUCAUCCACACGCAGAAGUCGCUCACACUGGUGUUUGAGUACCUGGACAAAGAUCUGAAGCAGUACCUGGAUGACUGUGGAAACACCAUUCAUGUUCACAACGUCAAACUCUUCCUGUUCCAGUUGUUACGCGGCCUGUCAUACUGCCACCGCCGGAAGGUUCUGCAUCGGGACCUGAAGCCUCAGAACCUGCUGAUCAAUGACCGAGGAGAGCUGAAACUAGCAGACUUUGGUUUGGCCCGGGCCAAGUCCAUCCCUACGAAGACGUACUCUAACGAGGUGGUGACACUGUGGUACCGCCCCCCUGAUAUCCUCCUGGGCAGCACUGAUUACUCCACACACAUCGACAUGUGGGGGGUGGGGUGUAUAUUCUACGAGAUGUCGACGGGUCGACCUCUGUUUCCUGGAUCCACUGUGGAGGAGGAGCUUCACUUCAUUUUUAAACUGCUGGGUACUCCGACAGAGAAGAGCUGGCCUGGGAUCAGCUCCAACAAGGAGUUUGUCACGUACAACUAUCCUCAGUACAGAGCGGAGCGACUGAGCCACCACACGCCAAGGUCCGUGCUGAACAGUGAUGGAGUGGAGCUGUUGUCAAAGUUCCUGCAGUUUGAAGGGAAGAAGAGAAUUUCAGCAGACGACUCGAUGAAACAUCAUUACUUCAGCAGUCUGGGAACCAGAAUUCUGAUGUUACCCGAUACGACAUCCAUCUUCAGCCUGCCUGAUAUUCAGCUGGAGAAAGAAGCGAUCAGACCGCCAGCGCCUUCUGAACCAGCAAACAGUCCAUCCAGGAGGCGGAGCAUGCUCUUCUGAUCACAGUGUCGACUUGAGGAUGAUUGACAGCUGAAGCAUCUCCUGAAGGUUGGACGAACAGUCAGGAAGUGAUGAUUAUUUUACGUUUUCCUGGAGGAGCCAUGAGAGUCAUAAAACAGCGUAUGUUCGAGAAAAAACCUUGACAAUGGAAUGAUGGGAUUCGAUUAUUAUUGUGAAGAAAGAAGUCGGCCCUCGCUGACUGACAGCAUCACAAAGACCCUCAGAUGCAAUAAUGAAUCAAAGCAGCCAUCUGACCAACUGGAGAACAGCACAUUGUUUCCAACAGCAAC